UUGACUUACAACACUUUCUUUGAGAAUACGUGGUGGGAGGGAAGUGGGGGGUUUGACCUUGGCUUUAUGCUUGCCUGAAAGGACAACAAAUCGAGCAGGCGAUCUUUAUUCACUAGCUUGUUUAAUCAAAUUCAAAGGUAAUUGAAGAAAAGUCUAAACCUUUUCUCAUUCUCAGUUGGACAAUGAAUCAGAACUUGAGUGCUCUGCUGAUUGGAUUGGUGGGCGCAGCAAUCACCUUAUCUGCAUAUUCACAGACCUUCAUCUCUUCAACUCAGUGUAUCACAGUUGGCCUCCUUGUCCUCAUGUUUGGUUUGCUCGUCAGGGAAGGUUUCAUCUCUUUUUAGCUUGCUUUUUCUUUCUUGCUUCCAAAGCCAUCUCUUUGCUAUGGCUUUCCUAUGUACUUUUACUACUUGACACAGACCGACUGUCAUCUUGCAAUUCAGAACAUCAAGUUUUUUUAUUCCUUUGA